AUGCACAGGAGCCCUUUCUCAUGCGAGGGGAUUGCCAUUUUGGCGCGCGUGCUUCUCUGCCACCUCACUGCCUUCUUUUUUUUCGUGGUUCUUACGGUGCUGCUUUUCGAACACAGCGACGGCCGUCGUGCCCUCUAUUUUGCUUUGCGGCGACUUUCCGCGUCCCUCGGUGGCGGCCACGACGUGCUCCUGACAAGGGAAGCAGUCUGCACACUGUGGCUACGUGUUGUGCGUGAGUGCGUGCCAUUCACCGGCGCCGCUUCAUACGCUACUCUUCUUCUGUAUCCCUUACUUGGUUGCGUCGCAAUGACGAACUACACGUACAUAAAGCCGGAAGAGCUGGUGGAGCUGCUCGACAAUCCCGAUUCACUCGUCAAAGCCGCGGUGAUAGACUGCAGGGAUAGCGAUCGAGACUGCGGCUUCAUCGUGAACUCGAUCAAUAUGCCGACGAUUAGCUGCACGGAAGAGAUGUACGAGAAGCUGGCCAAGACGCUCUUCGAAGAGAAGAAAGAGCUCGCUGUCUUUCACUGCGCCCAGUCGCUCGUACGGGCCCCCAAGGGAGCCAACCGCUUCGCUCUGGCACAGAAGAAGCUCGGCUACGUGCUCCCUGCCGUGUACGUGCUGCGUGGUGGGUGGGAGGCGUUCUACCAUAUGUAUGGCGACGUGCGGCCAGACCUCAUGUACGUGUGA